CACGACCGGCUGGGAUUAACAGGGCAGGGGAAACGGUGAUCCGUCGAUCCUGAUGCUGUACAGAUCACCUAGAUGCUGAGCUGAUCAGCGUGAGGUGGCUGUAUGGACUUUCGCUAUUACGUAAGCACUUGAACGGCCGGGGACCUGUCUGACAACACACUAUUAUUAUUAUUAUUAAGGUUAAACUGUGCCUUUUUCAUUGCCAUGGAUCUCGCUGUCACCAAGGAAACUGAGAAGAACUGCGUCCUGUGCUGCCAAGACCUCGACAUAUUCGCCUUAGGAAAAUGCGACCAUCCGGUCUGUUACCGCUGCUCCACCAAAAUGAGGGUGCUGUGCGAGCAGAAGUACUGCGCCGUCUGCCGGGAGGAGCUCGACAAGGUGGUGUUUGUGAAGAAACUGGCAGCCUUCUCCACGCUGCCAUACCAGCAGUUCCAGUGUGAGAAGAAACAUGACAUCUAUUUCAGUGAUGGGAAGAUCUACGCCCAGUUCAGGCGGCUCUUGUUGCCGGAGUGCCCUCACUGUCCAGAGCCCAAGGUCUUCUCCAGGUUUGAGGAGCUGGAGCAGCACAUGAGGAAGCAGCACGAGCUCUUCUGCUGCAAGCUCUGCACCAAGCACCUCAAGAUCUUCUCCCAUGAGCGCAAAUGGUACAACCGUAAGGACCUGGCACGUCACCGGACACAGGGUGACCCCGAUGACACCAGUCACCGCGGCCACCCACUCUGCAAGUUCUGCGACGACCGUUACCUCGACAACGACGAGCUACUCAAACACUUGCGAAGGGACCACUACUUCUGCCACUUCUGCGAUGCAGAUGGCGCUCAGGAAUACUACAGUGAUUACCAGUACCUGAGUGAGCACUUCAGAGAGAGUCACUAUCUGUGUGAGGAGGGCCGCUGCGCCACAGAGCAGUUCACCCACGCCUUCCGCACCGAGAUUGAUUUUAAGGCACACAAGGCGGCAGCGCACAGCAAGAACCGGGCCGAGGCGCGACAGAACCGUCACAUCGACCUGCAGUUCACCUACGCUCCGAGACAGCAGAGGAGAAAUGAAGGCAUGGUAUCAGGAGAGGAUUAUGAGGAGGUGCGUCAGAGUCGAGGUGCAAGAGGAAGGGUUCACGGUGGACAGCAGAAGAGCUGGAGAUACAGCCGUGAGGAGGAGGACAGGGAGAUGGCAGCUGCUAUGAGAGCAUCCAUGGCAGUUCGUAGACAAGAAGAAAGAGCAGCGGUGCAGGAGAGGAUUGCUCCCAAACACCGCAAAGAAGAGAGAACAGAAAGAACAGAAACAGAUGACUCUAGACACAGGACUGGACCCAAACCAACAGCUGAACCUCCAGUGAGGACCAUGAAGAGUAGCAAUCCACUGGAUGAAGAAGAUGACUUCCCAGCCUUGGGAGCCACGGCUGCCACACCCAUGCCAAAUGUGAAGCCAGCCCCUGUUGUAGGCCCAGCCACCCACAGCGCUCUGAAGGAGGAUGACUUCCCCAGCCUGUCGGCUGCUGCUGUGGUUACAACUCCGAUGACCCCAGCCUACUCCGCACAGCCUAGGAAUACCUCCUCCUUCCAAGAGGAGGAUUUCCCUGCCCUCGUUUCCAAAAUCCGGCCCCUCAAACCUUCAGCAAGCACCAACUCUGCCUGGUCCAACCACACCACUGCCACUAAGCCGGCAACGCAGCCUGCCCCUCCUUCCGCCAAACCACCCCCCCACGCCAACCACCACCCUGGUCCCCUCCCAUUUGCAUCCACCUCUGGUCCUCAACUCCUCUCCUCCUCCUCCUCUUCCUCAUCCUCGCGGAGGAAAAAGAAAGGAGGGGAGAACGCGAAACCCACACCUGCCAGGUCUCCUCCAUCUUCUGAUGAUGAGACAGGAGGAAUGACGCAACAGGAGUUCCGGGCAGUGCCCACCAUGUUGGAUAUCUCCUCUCUGCUCACCGUCAAAGGAGGCAACAGCAAACCCUCAACUUUGACAUCUAACCCCUCAAACUCGGCCCCCAACCUCAACGCCAACCCCCAAUCUUCUAAAGCCGGAAAGAAGAAAAAACAACAGCAGCAGCAGCCACAGAAGAACACGCUCACUCCUGUGUCUGCGUCGUCAUCGUCAGGGAUGACAACAUCGUCAAGCUCCAUUUCAAUGGAAACGGCAGCACAGAAGGAGAAUGUACCGGAAAUAAGUCGAAACAAACCCUUUUCCACCACUGUGCCAAUGGCCUCAGCAGUGACGGGAGCUGUGACAAGCGGAUUGGCUAACGGGUAUACUGAGAAAACGUCGCCAACUGUCAGUAAGAAGACGGCAGUAACCCCUCAUCCUAACCCAGACCCCCCUCCCGAAGAGGAAGAAGAGUUCCCUGCCCUCAUCACCAAGAAUCCACCACCAGGCUUCAAGAGCUCCUUCCCAAUGAAGGCCUCUACUCCUGCCCCCAGUGCUACGCUGCCCCCCCCUCCUCCCGGUCUGGCAAACGUGCCCAGUAAGCCUCCUCCAGGUUUCACUGGCAUCCCUCUCAACAGCAACGUGUUGGAGCCCGUUCCGUUUGCAGCCAACAGGCCCACCCAGCUGGCUAGCGGUUACCUGGUGCCAGAGAACUUCCAGCAGAGGAACAUGGAGCUAAUCCAGUCCAUCAGGAACUACCUCCACAACGACGAGUCACAGUUCAACCAGUUCAAAAACUACUCCGGACAGUUCAGACAGGGACAAAUUUCAGCAGCCCUGUAUCACCGCAGCUGUAAGGAUUUGCUGGGAGAAAACUUUAACCGCAUCUUCAAUGAGCUGCUGGUGCUGCUGCCAGACACUGGCAAGCAGCAGGAGCUCCUGACCGCACACGGAGACUCCAAGGCUCUGGAGAAACAGUCCGGGGCCGGAGGAGGAGGAGGGAAGAAAAACAAGAACAAGAAGAGUGCCUGGCAGACGGCCAAUUCUGCGGCUAACAUAAAUGUGGCAGCUGAGCUGGACUGCCAGGUCUGCCCCACUUGCAGACAGGUGCUCGCCCCCAAAGACUUCAACUCCCACAAGACUUUGCACACUGGGGAGAGCGAGGAGUUCCCUUCCUUGCAGUCGAUCAGCCGCAUCAUCAGCUAGCCCCCUCUACGCUGUACGCUCCGUUUUGUCAUUGGUACUUGUGGGCAAGCCUCCAAAUGCCCCUGCUGCCCCAUCAAAGCCCACACCAGCCAGUGUAGGAAGGAGGAGCCUGUUUCCAGGGUGACCACAUCCCAGAGGAUUCUGGGGCCUGUAUUUCAUUGAGAAGGUGAAUUUAAGGUGGUUUGUUUUGUCUGUACUUCCUGAUGAGGAUUGAAUUGAUGGGUUGGUGUGAAAUCUUGCUGCAUCUCAAACCCUAUUUAUUGACUCAGAUCCUUUGUGGACCUUCCCAGCUGGCAACCGGCAACCCCCGAACCAGAACUGGCAACUUGCAAAGAAACAAGAGAGAAAACUAAUGCUUUACUUGAAGAGUACGACAGGAUGUUCCUUAAUAUAACAAUAAUUCUGUUCAUUGAUUUUAUAUUUCUCUUUUCUUACCUUUCCUUUGCGCUUUCUUGAAGAUGGCAAAGAUGUCUUCUCACUAAAACCACAACUGUUGGAAGUAUAAACCCUGAGACGGGCCACUUACUGGAGUCUCAGUACUGUACUCAGUUUUGAAACCCAUGGUGAUAAUGGCAAUCUGUACUGUUUUGAAACUCAUGUUUACUAUCUAGCAACCAUAUGCAUCAGUGUGUGAAAGCACAGCAUUCAUAUUUUUUCAUUGUUUGCAAAAAUGGAAACAAAAGUUGGCGAGAUGAACUAAAAUACAGUCAGAUGCUACUACAGUAGAACAUAGUCAUGGUUUUGGAAGUAUGCUUGUCACUUUGAAAAACACAGCUUUGAAAAAUGUCCUUUUUUAAAUUGAUCACCAUAAAAGUUGAUAUCACAAAGUUAAUUGCAAUAUGUAUUAUCUUUUUAUUUUGUAUAAUUUUUAUGAGCCAGUUAAUCAGAGAAGAAUGCAUUUCAGUUUAAUUUUUCAUUAUUUCAAUGCCUUUGUUAUUUCAUUGAAUUGAACCACAGUGAUUUUGAGCUUGGAGCCUUCCAUGGGCCGCACCAUGAAUGCAGGCAGUUAGAGAGAUUCCAUUGAUUUUAAGUGAAGAUUUCCCUCAGUGAGUUUUCAAAACAGGGCACAGAUUGUCAAACCAUACACACAGUAUUCAAAUAUGUGGAGUUCAGAGGGUUACUUCACAAAAAGAUUAGCAAGUUAGCCAGAAAAAGUGUGAUGAAAUAUCCUUGGAAAUUGUAUUUAUUAUUAGAAAUCAUCACCAGGCAUGACUGAAUUGUGUUCCUAAACCUAACAUUUACAUUUUGUUUCACAUAUUUAAAUCACCACUACUAGCAUGGAACAGUUUUUUUUUUUUUUUUUUUUUCCCACAGCUAUCUGGCUAACUUUCUUAUCCUGUUUUGUGGAUUUCCUUUAUCAAAUAUUUUUUCCCCUGUUGGCUGUUCCAUUCAAAAGGCCUACUGAAGGUUGUGAGGUUUUGGUUGAGAGUUUCUGUUUGAGUGACUUGAUUGCUUGCUGUUAGAGGCAUCGUGUAGGGGAGUGAUAUAUCAGAGAAAAUCACAUGGUUCAGCAACCGGGACUAAUUUUGGGUAGCUCAUAAAUUGAAGUCCCAACCACUGUACUGAUUGUAUUCUCAUGUAUGCUGUUUCCUCUUUUGCAUCUGUCCUCAGCUCUCUCCAGUUGCAUAAGAUGUGGAUUAUUGGUUGGACUGAUGGUUAAUUUACUGGUUUGUUUGAUGCGGGGCCAUGGUGUUCACUAGUUUUAUGGUCCUUAAAUUGGAAACAAUAGGACUUGUUAACCAAUUAAACAGUUUCCUUGCCUGUUCACAUGUUUCCACAGUUAUAUUCAAAUGGUUAAAUUCAAAUAUCAUCAGUCAAGAGUGUAAUCUUUGAGUAGUCAAGCCUUUAAAGGUUCAAGUAAGGCUGGUAGAUGCUACUAAAUUGUGAAAAAUAUUUUUUAUCUGAGGAAUUAACUGUACAUGUCAGGAAGUGAGACGAGAGCGCAACUCAUCUGUAACCUCCUGUAUUUUUCAGUCUGCUAGUUUAAUAUUAUGCAUAAAUCUGAUUACAUUAUGAUUUCUAAUUAAGAAACCUUUCACGCCUCCAUGAUGCUUGCAGCAUGCAGCGACAUAAGGAGUGCACACCUUGUUUUUACCUUGGCAAAGGAGUCCGUAGCCUGCUGAUGUUUCAGUUAGCACCACCCAGAGCUUUAAGAAACACGCCGCUUGGGUGAAACAGUUCAGUUCAUUUUUAAUAUUUAUUUGAGAGCCGACGCGAAGAAGAUGUUGCAUCUGACUUUGUGACCAUGCAGGGUCACUUGAACUAACACCCUGGGGGCAGUGUGCGAUGUAUUCCACUCAAACAUUUUCCCACUAAAUACCAUAUUUAGCCUGGAGCAUGCAUGGAAAACAGUGCUAAGGAGGCUCUCUCUCCUCAUCCCCUCUCAGUCAACCCGUCAGUUGUGAAGGUGUUGGAAGGUGGGUUUGUGUUCAAAUAGUCCAUAGUGAAUAAAUCAGCCACUAGACAGAAAAAAUAAAUAAAUAAAUACACGCAAACUCUUAACAGCGAUGCUUUUGAAGCAAAAACAUCAUUGCAGUGCGGUGUUGAUGCAUAGAUGUGUGCAUCUACACAUUAAGUGAUGUGUAUUCAGUUAUUGUAAUUGAACCAUGAUUUUUGAUUUGAGGGCUACAGUGAAGUCCUUUCUCCAGACCCCCAGGAAAAGCUGCAAGGAGUUAUUUUGGACAAUUUUAAACACAGCCCACGGGAAUUCUUUGAUUUGAUGCUGAAAAUGCACCUUUAUUCAAAAGGCACUACUAUCAAAGGAACUAACACAAAUACAGGGUUAAAAAAAAAAAAAAAAAAAAGCUUCACAUCCCGAGACCAAAGAGAAAAUGUUCCGUUUUUGUGAAAGCACAGUCAUAUUGUUGCUGUGAAGGGACCACACAGGAAUAGUCCCACUUUGAUUUUUAGAUUUUUUUUUUUUUUUUUUUAAAGUGCAGAUCUCAAAAGAAGAAGAGAAAACACCUUGAGUUGUUUCAUUAGGUAUCUCCAAAAAGAACAGAGGAUCCAGACUGCGGAGGUGUCAAGUGGUUUGGGAUGUUGUUUACACCCAAUUUAGUAAACCGUGCUAGCAUUCAACCGGUGUGUCACCUGAUGUCACCUCGAAUGUCUUGCACGUUGAGGGUGACUGUUUUUGGUUUUGUUUUGUUUUUUUCUUCUCAGACUUGAUCUGAAGUGAAAGAUGGUUUCAGUUUGGACUGGAUACGAGCGCUGACACAAUACGCAUGUUUACUUGUUUGUUUGCAGGAGGGACUGGUUGCAUCCAUGUACUGAGUACACAAUCUGUUCAUCCUCUCUCUCAGGACCGUUAGCUUGCACUGCUGCCCUCCUGGGUGUUGUUCUGUUUGUGUAUGUGUGCCUGUUUGUGUGUGUGUGUGUGUGUGUGUGUGUGUGUGUGUGUGCGCGUGUGCGUGCGCAUGUGUAUGUGUGUGUGUACAGAAUUUGUGCAUACAUCAUACUGCAGCUUCCUCUGUAUUUUCUAUCUGGCUCCAGUAAAGCUGUUUCUGUCAGCACUG